AUGGCCAUUGCUGUAAUUGACCUAGCAUUAAGCAUUGGUAAAAUUGUUACUUGCCCUGGAGGCAUAAUAAGUUUUGUUGAGAAUGUAGAAAAGACUUCUAAUUCGAUCAAAGAAAGCUUAAUAGCUGUCAAUUCAGUAAAAGAAAUAAUGGGUAAAAUUAAUGAGGCCAAUGAGAUUAAUAUUAUAGAAAAUGUAAAUGAUAAUAUUAAGAAAAUUAAACAAAUUAAUGAAGAUUUAAAGGGUAACCUCAGUAAUGUUGAGGAUUUGACUGAUAUUGUAGAAAAAAGAAAGGGAAAAAUCGAAUCAUUGGAUGUUAAUGCACUUGCAAAAAUGCUUGAAACAAAAGAUCGAAAAGGAAUUUAUUUAAGAAUGGUCGAAUGGAAAUCAAUUAAAAAAGAUAUGAGAAAUUUACUUAAUUAUCCUAUCGAGCAACAAAUUAAUGGAGCAGAUGAAUAUUUAAAUUCUUUGGAUGAUUUAUUUAAUUAUAUUGAUACAUAUAUUGAAGCAAAGAUUGAAGAAAUGGAUAGUUUUAAAGAAUAUUCACGAAUCAAAUUGCAAGUAGAAAUAUUUAAAGAAAAAGAAAUACGGCUUAAGGACAUGAUCGAUGUUUAUAAAGAAAAACAAGAUAAUUGUGAUGAAAUUAAAUUUUUACUAUUUGAACGCCUUAUUAGUACUAAAUGUUGGAUGUCUACAUAUAUAGAAAAUUAUCGUAGUGCUUACUAUUACUCGUCCCUUUCAGAAUCUAAAAUUAAACCUUCAGUUAUGAAAACUAUUAGUCAGCACAUGGAUGAUCGUAAAGAUAUUAAAAUGGACAUGGAAACGACACUUAAUAAAUUCAAAGGUCCACCUCAACCUUCAGAGCACUCAAUUCAUCUUACCGAAGAAAAGUAUAUUAAAAAAUUUAAGCACGAUAGAUUCGUUUCAUUCGAAAUUCCAUUGAAUCACAAAGAAUUUUUGAAGUGUGAACGCGUAAGACUUAACAAAAUUGAAGUAUUCUUGGAAGGAGUUGGAUCUAAGGGUGAUAGAAUCUUUCUGCACAUUAACAACACAGGUGUGUUUGCUGAUAAAUAUGAAGGGAAAGUAUAUUUGUUUAGAUCGGAACCUAUGAGACCUAAAGUAUUUGUAUAUGAAGUGCCUAAUAAUAUAAAAACAAAGGCGUUAUUCGCCUCAAAGGAUUAUUUUGUUCCUACACCAUUUAGUCAAUGGACAAUUAAGUUCGAUGAUGAUUGCCAGAUUAAUCUAUCUGAAUUGAAGUCGAUUAAUAUUGAACUAA